CCGCUCUUACAUUCGUCUUUUCCUCAAUACUAUCUUUAUCCCAAUCAGAGAAAAUGGCUUCAAUGUCAUCUCUAAUAUCACCACCAUUUCCUACCAAACUCUCCUCCAAACCCCAAUUAAAGCAAUCCUCUCUCCAAAUUCUCCAACCCAAUUUGCCCCAAAAUCUCAUACUGAGUUCACGUCCAAGAAAAUUAAGGUUGUACGUUGCGGCAGAAGAGCGAACCUCAACGGUGACAUCCCCUUCUUCCGAGGCCGACAGGAGGCUUUACAUUGGCAACAUACCCAGAACUGUAAACAAUGACCAGUUGAAAAAGAUUGUCGAAGAACAUGGCGCUGUGGAAAAAGCAGAGGUGAUGUAUGAUAAGUACUCUGGAAGAAGCCGCCGAUUUGCUUUUGUUACAAUGAAAACCGUGGAGGAUGCAAAUGCGGCAAUAGAGAAAAUAAACGGAACUCAAAUUGGAGGGCGGGAGAUAAAGGUAAACAUUACUGAAAAGCCUAUUGCGCAAGUGGAUUUGUCUGUCCUUCAGGCAGAGGAUACCCAGUUUAUUGACAGUCCGCACAAGGUUUAUGUGGGAAACCUUGCCAAGACAGUAACUUCGGAUACACUGAAGAAUUUCUUUUCCGAGAAAGGGAAGGUGAAGAGCGCCAAGGUUUCACGAGUCCCAGGGACAUCCAAAUCAGGGGGAUUUGGGUUUGUAUCAUUCUCUUCAGAAGAGGAAGUUGAAGCUGCUAUCACGUCUUUUAACAAUGCAAUGUUGGAGGGGCAACAAAUUCGUGUAAACAAGGCGUAAAAUGGGAUGCAACGUCUUAUCCGGUGUCCAUUUCGAAACCAUUGCAAAGUAGGGUGGUUGUUUGAUUCUGUUGAAUGGGCAAAUGCCAAGUUGUUAGUGCCCCUGAGGUUGUUGUAAUUAAUUAAACGAGGCUGCAGCUUAGUUGUGGAGCUGGAGAUAAACACAUUUCAUUUGGGAGGCUGAUGCAUCAUCUUAUUAUAAUAUCUCAUUUUCCCCUAAA